GUCGGUGUGUGUGUGAGUGUGUGAGUCUGCGCAGCAACAAUGUGUUCCGUGGAGCCUCUGAGAGAGUUUAUCAGAGAGAGACUAACUGCUGCUGCGGAGGAAAUCUGCUCCCAGCUGGAAAGAACCAUCGUCCGCUUCGAGGAGGAGAUGGACCGUCAGCGCAGACUGCUGGACCUCACCUGGAGGCCCCGGCUCAGCUUACAGCCAGCAGAUCUCCCACAGCAGUGAUUGUGGAAGGAGGCGGUUCUGCCCUUCAUCGCAGAGGAACCAGAACCUGUGAGGAUGGAGGAGGAGCAGGAGGUACUAGAACCCUGGAGGAUAAAGGAGGAACCAGAAUCUCUUCAGUUAAAAGAAGAACACGCUGAGCUGAGCGUCAGUCAGGGAGGAGAACAGCAGACCGGGGCCUUCAUGGAGAACUCUGGUUGUAAGGAAGAAGAAGGCUGGGAACCAGAACCAGAACCAGAACCAGAACCAGAGAGGGUCCAGCUCUCCCGUCAGAACCCUGCAGAAGACUUCCAGCAACGUUUCCUGGGUAAUAAGAAGGGAGUCGUCGUCGAGCAGCUGCUCUCCAACCAGGAGAGUCUCUCUGGGACGGACGAGCCAGAACCAGAACCAGAACCCCCGCACGAGGAACUGGAGUCUGUGCAGAUUAAAGAGGAGCCGGAGGACGACUACACGAUUCAGGACGAGGAGCAGCUGCACCUGAAACAGGAGGCCGACGCCUUCAUGGUGAGUCCCGCCUAUGAGGAGAGAGACGACAGUAACCCAGAACCCGACGGGGAACCCGACGGGGAACCCGACGAGGAACCGGCCCCGUCUGAAACCUGCCUGGAAGCCGACGACGAAGACCAGGAGGGAAGCAGUCUGGAUGAGUCGAGCCGCGAUGAAGAGCAGGAACAAGCGGGCAGAUGUUGGAGGAGCAGCAAGUCCAGGAAGGAGGACAAAGCUCAGCUGAAGCCGGGUGUGUUUUCCUGUAAGAUGUGCAGCAAAGCUUUCACCCAGAAGGCCAGCCUCACCAAACACCUGCGGCUCCAUGUGGGCGGGAACCCCUUCACCUGCCUGAGCUGCGGCCGCAGCUUCCGCAAACACUUCAGCCUGAUCGUCCACAUGAGGAUCCACACCGGAGAGAAACCCUUCCCCUGCCAGAUCUGCGGCAAGAGCUUCUGCCAGAGAGGCAAUCUGAACGUGCACAUGCGGACGCACACCGGGGAGAAGCCCUUCCCCUGUCUGACCUGCGGCAAACAUUUCCAGAGGAAGAGCAACCUGACGGCGCACAUGAGGAUCCACAGGAGGAACGCGGCGCUGCCCGGCUGCGGCGGGGCCAAGGAGCCGAUGUAGAGCGCCGCUUCCUGCAAGCGGUGGGAGGAGCUAACGAAGACACGAUGGAGCGUGGCAGACAUCAGCGCCUUCAGCUUUGCUCUGGUUUCUGCAGGAGAUGGAAGACAGAGAAGUGACGAGGCUCUGAGUGAGGCUGUCUCUGAGGUGGUAAUGAGUCUGGAGAUGAAGUCCAUGUCCAGCAGGGAUCAGUCAGAGCACCUGUGCCCAGGUGACGGCGUUCCUGUUGAAUACCCAGAGUUCCUGCAGACAGAGGAAGGGUUGAAGGUAUUGCUGAUGCUCUUCCCUUGCAGAUUCCCUGUUUUACUAACAUGUCAGUGAAUUCCUGUCAGUCUGCUGUUCUGGAGCCUCAGCAACAGCUUUCUGUAUAUAAUAUAUAAAAAUGACCUAAAUAUGUCCUCCUGCUAACCCGGAUCUGAGCGCGUCUCGGUUCUGUGAACCAACUGGACCUUCUGGACCAUCGGAGGUUUCGCUCUGGAGAAAAAACAUUUAAAACCAGGACGACGCAAACCGGGAGGAAACACGUGUUUUAUUUAGUUUUAGUAGUUUUUUACAUCUGUUUUCAGCCCUGUGGUUUAAUGUGAUGGUGCCACCGGACCUGCCAGAACUUUAACACUUUUACUCCUCAGCCAGAACUUCCACACUGCAAAACGGAUCUAAAAGUUAGUAAAAUGUUCUUAAAGUUAGUGUAUUUAUCCUUGAUUUAAGCAGAUAAAUAAGAUUAUCUGUCAGUGGGACGAGUAUUUUACCCUAAAAUCAGAUAAUUAGACAUCCUGCACUUGAGAUAAGAUGAUGGAGAUGAUUUGUUCUUAUUUUAGGUGUAAAAAUCUUAUUCCAUUGGAAAAUCAUCUUAUUUAUCCGCUCAAAUCAAGGACAAAUAUGUUCAUUUUAGGAACGUUUCACUUAUUUCUAGUGCAGGUCCAGAAAUUCCUCCUGGAUCCGGGCUUGUUGGUCCAGGUUCUGAGGCGGGACCCAACCUGAGGACGGAGCCGCUGUUGGACUCUUUUAGUUCUAGUUGAUCCGAAUCGUUCCUCUCUGCAGACCCAUCAGGUUUGAUUCCUUUAAACUUUUCUCAUAGUUGCUCUUUAGGUUCUUCUGGUUCUCAGGAUGAGCAGAACUUGUUCCACUGUUUGAAAGGCGCCGUAAAACUUUAACCUGUAGUUGUGAACUGUUUGUUUGACUCUUAUUAUUAUUUAGUCUUUUAAUAAAAUGUAAUUAAGCCUGUCUCCUAA